UCCGCGGCGGCGCUGGGCGACCGGCGGGAGCGUCUCGGUUGUGCGGCCGUUCCCCCCCUUCCCUCCCUCCUUUCCCCGAGCUCCCCCCGCAGGCCGCGGUGCGGGAGGCGGCUGCCCUCCGCUCCGGCCCCUGUGGGAGCCAGUUGCGCCUCCAGCCCCGCCGGUGACGGUAGCCAUGAGACCAGAAGAGCUGCAAACCGGUGCCAUUUUCAUGCUGCCCUGAGGAGAAUCCACUGACUGUGGUCAGCUGGUGCUUAGCCACAGUGGCUUGUGGUAGCACCAAGUGUCUUGUGAAUCUCAGCACUGACGAGAUCAGCUGAUGGCAACGAGGAGCACAUGUGGAAGCCAGGAACUGAUUUUACAACAAUGAGGUGCCUCAUCCCCCCACUGCUCAGGAGGUUGUUGAGUCUCUCACCUCUGUGUGUGCCAGGGAGAUUGAGUCAAAGUAAAGGUCCUGUCCUCAGUCCAAAGCCAACAUCUCUGAGGCAGAGCUGCAGUGCAAGACCUGGGCUCGUGACUGCUACUGAUGUGGUCAACUACUGGCAGAAGGUGUUUGAGACAAAUGGGAUCCCUGAAGCACGAGAAUCCAGUGAAUAUAUCGUGUCAUUUGUCCUGGGAGCAAAAACAUUUCAGAGCUUGAAUUCCAAAAGCCUCCACGCUCCGCUUACAGCAGUGCAGGAGGAGCAAAUCCGGCAGCUGAGCAACAAGCGACUAGAAAGAAUGCCGGUGCAGUAUGUGCUUGGUGAGUGGGACUUUCAGGACCUGACUCUGAAGAUGAGGCCCCCGGUAUUUAUUCCUCGGCCUGAAACAGAGGAUCUCGUCUCUUUAGUUGUGGAAGAAGAAUCCCGGAAAUGUGAGAAGAAUUCAGGCCUCUGCUUCCCAGUUCCCGACCCUCAUCCAGUGAUCCUAGAGAUUGGCUGUGGCUCUGGAGCAAUUGCUCUGAGUCUGUUGUGCAAACUGCCACAGAGCCGGGUGAUAGCCAUGGAUAAAGAGGAGGCUGCUGUGGAUCUCACCAGGGAGAAUGCACAUAGGCUGAAACUCCAGGAGAGGAUCCACAUCCUUCACCAUGAUGUUUCACACAGUUCUGCCAAGCAGCUGCUACACUGGGGCCCCCUAGACUUCAUAGUUAGUAACCCCCCAUAUGUCUUCCAUGAAGACAUGGCUUCCUUGGAUGCAGAAAUCCUCCGCUAUGAGGACCUUGAUGCGCUGGAUGGGGGAGAUGAUGGGAUGAGAGUCAUCAAAACAAUUCUGGCUCUGGCUCCUUCUCUUCUGAAGGAUUCUGGGAGUGUGUUUCUGGAAGUUGAUCCCAGACACCCAAAUAUGGUGGAAAACUGGCUACAGACACACCCCAACUUACUACUCGUCCUCUGUGCCAUUCACAAGGACUUCUGUGGCAAGCCUAGGUUUCUGCACAUCCAAAAACAUAGCAGAUGACAGCUGUACCAGAAAUAACUCUUCUUGCAAUAUGCUUUUUGCUGGUGAGCUCUGCUGAACAGCUUGCUGAAAACUAUGUGUGGCAAAAGGAAUCUCCGCUUCAUUCCCUUGUGCACUGAACUCUCCCUGCAGUGGCAGACCCCCUCAUUUCCUGAUACCAACUUCAUCCAGAGAUGUAGAAGUUCAUCGGAUUGUGUAGAAGUGUUUCACCUUCCUCGAGGAACUGCAUGCAACUUCCUAGUUUGCUCUGCUAAAACGACUCAUUAAUCUUGGGACACAAUAUGGAAGAAUUCACAGCUCCAGCUACUUCAUUAAACUUACAACUUCUCAAUGUGUCAGAUCACCCAUUUGACCUAGAAAGAAUUUCACUCUUGUCUUUUUGCCCUUGAGAUAAAUUUAUAUAGAAUGUGACUAGAUUGGAUGAUGGGUCCAAACUCUGGCUUAUACUGGCACAUGGAUUUUCAGGUAUAAUGGCACGUGACUAACCUGCACAUUUCAAAUUCAAUUCUAGUCCAGGAUCCUGAUGCUCUUCAGUAGAUCUCCAACAGCACAGCAGCCUUUGUUUCCCAGUCCUGCUGAGUGACAUGUCAUUGAAGGAUCAGUGCACAUGUUACACCAUCUGAAUCUCCAGCACCUGACACUUGGUGGAUGCUGCCAGAAACAAUCAAAACCUUGUAAUAAAGAUAGUGCUUCAAAUCAUUGUCCUUACAAGAA